GGCAGUGCAGCGUAGGUUCACGAGAUUGAUCCCUGGGAUGGCGGGAUUGUCAUAUGAGGAAAGAUUGAAAAGACUAGGCUUGUAUUCACUGGAGUUUAAAAGGAUGAGGGGGAUCUUAUAGAAACAUAUAAAAUUAUAAAAGGACUGGGCAAGCUAGAUGCAGGAAAAAAUGUUCCCAAUGUUGGGCGAGUCCAGAACCAGGGGCCACAGUCUUAGAAUAAAGGGAAGGUCAUUUAAGAAACGUUUUCACCCAGAGAGUUGUGAAUUUAUGGAAUUCCCUGCCACAGAGGGCAGUGGAGGUCAAGUCACUGGAUGGAUUUAAGAGAGAGUUAGAUAGAGCUCUAGGGGCUAGUGGAGUCAAGGGAUAUGGGGAGAAGGCAGGCACGGGAUAUUGAUAGGGGACGAUCAGCCAUGAUCACAAUGAAUGGCGGUGCUGGCUCGAAGGGCCGAUUGGCCUCCUCCUGCACCUAUUUUCUAUGUUUCUAUGUUUCUAUGGAAGUGCAGGGAAUAGAUGGAUUAUGGGUCAUGUACAGGCCGAUGAGAUCAGUUUAACUUGGCAUCAUAUUUGACCCAAACUGUGGGAUGAGGGGCCCGUUCCUGUGCAGUACUGUUCCACACCAUGUCACAACAUUCAAAACAUGCAUUACUAAAUUCAAUGAUGUUGAUCACUUUGUAUGCGGGUCUUAAGCUUUUAUUAUAAAAACUGAGUUUGCAUUCUGCUAAUAAAGUGGGUACUAAAAUCCUUAAAAACUGUUUCUUGUUCACUAAAUGUCUCGUAAAUUAUGUUUAAACUCUUAACUCUCCAUAAAAACAACAAAGUCCUGCGAGCAAGCAGUGCCCCAAUCUAGGCUGGGAAUGAAGGCUCAAACCUCUAUCUAAUUUCCUUUUUUGUUGUUUCCAUAUGAAUCUCUUUUUUUUCUCAGAGAAAGAUGACUAUCUGGAGUUUCCUUAUUUUUUUGCAGGAAGUCAAAGGCUUGUUGGUUUCCUCUCCCCUCCCUUCCUUCCUUUUUUUCCGAAGGUACUCAUCUGAAAAAAAAACGAGAACAAAGUAACUCUGUUCCUGUUCUCUUUCUUUGGUAGUUUCAAACGUUGAAGCGAUCAGUACCUUCUUUUAAUCAAAUCUAUGUGUGGAGGCUGAGAGGAGCAGGUAGCCAGACGUACUUUAUAGACCCACUGGAAAGAAGUCGAGUCAGCUUCAAUGGAGUACAAGGACACGGAUGAAAAUUAUAAAGACAUUCUUAAUUCCAGGUACAUGAAAGGAACACACACUUCUCCACACUUCCCAAUACGGCCUCUUUCACUGACCAUGAAAACAAACAAAUUCACAUCCUAUCAAUAUGAUGAAUCAGCGAUUCCCUUCUCUAGACACAACGUCACUAGUGGAACCUUGGAAGGAUUCUCAACCAUCUCCGAAGGAGGGUCUCGGAAGAGGAAAAGCACGCCCACAAAAGUCAUCCAUACCGUUCAGUCAGAAGAAUUGCCGAAAGAUGUCGAAGAAGAUAUCAAAGUGGAAUUGCCAUCACCGACACCCAUGAACCAAAUGAUAGAUUUAAGCAAUGUAGGAUUUCAGCUGUUCAGAAGUUUUGAUCCCCAUGACACAAUGUGCAUGAGGCAUGAGCCCAUUAAACACAACGUGAUGUGGCCCCCCAGCCCUCUGAUGAUGCAUCCGUCUCGACCGUACUUUGCCAAUGUCCCUCCAGAGUUCAUCCUCCCCUUUGUCAUGGCACCAUCAAGUCUGCAUCUGAGGUAUCCCUUUUACCAAAAUGCCCCUCUGCGAAACCUUAAUACUGGCGCCAGCACUCUGGAGGACAAGCAGACCGCAGUUGAGCGUGUUGACGUCAACAUUCAAAUCGAUGACAGCUAUUACGUUGAUGUGGGCGGCAGUCAGAAACGUUGGCAGUGCCGCAUAUGUGAGAAGUCGUAUACGUCCAAAUACAACCUCGUGACGCAUAUUUUGGGACACAGUGGCAUCAAGCCGCACGCUUGUUCUCAGUGCAGGAAGCCCUUCAAGCAGUUGAGCCACCUCCAUACUCACAUGCUGACCCAUCAGGGCACCAGGCCUCACAAAUGUCACGUUUGCCACAAAGCCUUCACUCAGACCAGCCACCUCAAGCGGCACAUGAUGCAGCACAGUGACGUGAAGCCGUAUAAUUGCAGCAUUUGUGGCAGGGGAUUUGCUUACCCGAGCGAGCUGAAAGCCCAUGAGACCAAGCAUGCCAAUGGCCGGGAUAACAUUUGUGUCGAAUGCGGACUUGACUUCCCCACCCUGGCGCAGUUAAAGAGGCAUCUCACAUCUCACCGAGGCCCAACACUCUACCGGUGUGACGAAUGUGACAAAACAUUUCAGUACCCGAGUCAGCUGCAAAAUCACACAAUGAAGCACAAAGACAUCCGUCCAUAUAUCUGCACUGAAUGUGGCAUGGAAUUCAUUCAAUCUCAUCACCUCAAACAGCAUUCCCUGACUCACAAGGGCGUGAAGGAACAUAAAUGUGGGAUCUGUGGACGUGAGUUUACUUUGCUGGCAAACAUGAAGAGGCAUGUCCUUAUUCACACCAACAUCCGAGCCUAUCAGUGUCAUCUUUGCUUCAAGAGCUUUGUGCAGAAACAAACUUUGAAGGCACAUAUGAUCGUCCACUCUGACAUCAAACCCUUCAAAUGCAAGGUGUGUGGGAAAGAAUUUAAUCGGAUGCACAAUUUAAUGGGCCACAUGUAUCUACACUCAGACAGCAAGCCGUUUAAAUGCCUCUAUUGCCCCAGCAAAUUCACUCUGAAGGGAAACCUUACUCGCCACAUGAAGGUCAAACACGGCAUCAUGGAUGGAGGGCCCGACUCACAAAGCUUCAGGCGGCGAGGAGGCAUUGGAUUUGCACCCAACAACCUGUCUAAUUAUGUGCAGGACGAGCCCUUCGAUCUCUCCCAAAAGAGCCGAAUAAAAAGCGUGUCCCAGUCUGACGGUGAGAGUGCCAAAGGGAGUUCUUGUCCAGAAGAAGAUGAGGACAACUACUACACCAUAGGACAAUACAGUCCUGACGAGUAUUGCAGAGAAGUCAAAAUAUAUAUGCCAGAAGACUUAUCCCAGAAGACGGGAAGACUGAUCCCAGAUUUCGGAGACUCCGACAAUGAAGUGCUGACCAAAGGGAGAGUGAUAGAUGUGGAAGAUGAAGACUUGAUGGUCCAUGAUAACUUUAUGCAGAGUGGAAUUGAAUCUAACAAACACAACACGGCCGCCAUGAACUAUCUGUUUGACAUUGGUGGAAACUACGCUGACUUUUGCCUUGAUGGCAGGUGCAGUCCAAUGUGAAAUUUGUGGAUGGGAAAUAUUAAUUGCCACAAUAAUUUAGAAAUCUAAAAGACAAAGUAUUUGUAUGUGGAAGCUGAUUGAAAAUCAGAGGUAUGAGGUGCACAAUAGUUCUUGCUGUUUUAACGUUGGGUUAAAUAAUGCAGUAUAUAGAAUUGCUUUCUCUCUCAUGAUAGAGCUACUGUACAUUCACACAACUUGCACUUCUGUCAAUGGGCACCAGUGAUGCUGACAUUUCAAAUAAAAACAUUGGUUCUAUCCAUUUCUGAAAUCUUCGUUUAGUUUAGAGAUAACAGGCCCAUUGGGCCCACCGAGUCCGCAUCGACCAGCGAUCGUCGCACAUUAACACAAUCCUACCACUAGCGACAAUUUACACUUAUACCAAGUAUACAAACCCAAGCCAAUUAAUCUACAAACCUGUACGUCUUUGGAGUGUGAGAAGAAACCAAAGAUCUCGGAGAAAAACCACGCGAUCACGGGGAGAACGUACAAGCUCGAUUACUAAGGAGAAGGUGCUAGGAAAACUGAAAGGUCUGAGGGUGGAUAAGUCACCUGGACUGGAUGGACUGCACCUCAGGGUUUUGAAGGAGGUGGCCUCAGAGAUUGUGAAAGCAUUAGCUGUGAUAGUUCAACAAUCACUAGAGUUAGUAGUGGUUCCAGAUAAUUGGAAAAUUGCCAAUAUCACCCCCAUUGUACAAGAAGGGAGCAAAACAGAAGAACAGAAACUAUAGGCCGGUUAGCCUGACUUUCGUGGUUGGUAGGAUUUUAAAGUAAAUUAUAAAAGAUGAGGUUACGCAGUACUUAGAAGUUUACGAUAAAAUAUGCCGAUGUCAGCAUGGCUUUGUGAAGGGAAGAUUUUGCCUGACGAACCUGCUGGAGUUCUUUGAGGAAGUUAAUAGUGGGACAGACAGAAGGGAGGCUGUAGAUUUUGUUUACUUAGAUUUUCAGAAGGCCUUCGAUAAUGUGCCGCAUGUCAGGCUGCUAGGGAAGAUAAGAGCCCAAGGUAUUAAAGGGAAGAUACCAGCAUGGAUAGCAGGUUAGCUGGAUGGCAGAAGGCAAAGAGUUGCAAUAAAAGGCGCUUUUUCAGGUUGGCUGCCAAUGACUAGCCAAUUCUCUUCACGUUACUAUUAAUGAUUUUGGAGAAGGGGAUUGAAGGCAUUGUGGCCAAGUUUGCAGAUGAUGCUAAGGUAGGUGGAGGGGCAGGCAGUGUAGAGAAAACAAGGACUCUGCAGAAGGACUUGGACAAGUUUGAGGACUUGGACAGGUUGGAGAGUGGGCAGAGAAGUGGCAGAUGAAAUUCAGGAAAGCAAAGUGCGGAGUCAUGCAUUUUGGCAAUAAGAAUAAAGGCGUAGAAUAUUUUCUAAAUGGAGAGAGAAUCCAGAAAAUCAGAGGGGCAAAGGGACUUGGGAGUGCUGGUGCAGGAUUCCCAAAAAGUUAAUUUGCAAGUCGAACCGGUAGUAAGGAAGGCAAAUUCAAUGCUAGCAUUUAUAUCAUGACGACUGGAAUACAAAAACAGAUGUAAUGCUGGCUCUGGAGAGGGUCCAGAGGAGGUUCACAAGAAUGAGUGGGUUAGCAUACGAUGAGCGUUUGACAGCACUGGGCCUCUACUUGUUGGAGUUUAGAAGGUUGAGGGGGGACCUCAUUGAAACUUACAGAAUAAUGAACGGUAAUAAUGUGGAAAGGUAGUUUCCACUGACGGGAGAGUCUAGGACCAGAGGUCAUAACCUCAGAAUUAAAGGGCACUCUUUUAGAAAGGAGGUGAGGUGAGAGUGUAGUUAAUCUGUGGAAUUCAUUGCCACAGAGGGCUGUGGUGGCUAAGUCAGUGGAUAUUUUUUAAGGCAAAGCUAGACAAAUUCCUGAUUAGAAUGGGUUAUGGGGAGAAAGUAGGAAAAUGGGGUAAGGAGGAAGAGAUCAGCCAUGAUUGAAUGGCGAAGUCGACUCGAUGGGCCGAAUGGCCUAAUUCUACUCCUAUAACGUGAACUCCAUACAGACAAGCAUCUGUAGUUGGGAUCGAGCCCAGGUCUCGGACACUGCAAGUGCUGUAAGGCAGCAACUCUACCGUUGCGCCACCAUGCCUCCCAGCGUCAAAUCAAUGUUUGAUGUUUCUUCAAUCUUCAAACUAUUCACCUGCCAGCCAUACAUGAAUUCCAUCUUGCAUGCUUUCUGUGGCCUAUAAGUUCAUAAGAGAUAGGAGCAGAAAUAGGCCAUUCGGCCCAUCAUUUCUAUUCCGCCAUUCAAUCAUGGGUGAUCCAUCUUUCCCUCUCAACCCCAUUUUCAUGCUUUCUCCCCAUAACCCCUGACACCUUUAUUAAUCAAGAAUCUGUCAAUCUCCACCUUAAAAACAUCCAUGGACUUGGCCUCCACAGCCUUCUGUAAACAUUGACUGUUCGUUGUGUGUACACCCACAGACUUUAGCCUGCCUAUGUUCUCACAGUGAUGUGGAGAGAGCACCCUACUUACUGCGUUACUAAGGGAAAAAACGUGCAGUCUCACUGCAGGUUUGUCAAAUAAUCAGCAUACUAUUUAGAUGUAUUGUUUCUCCAGACAUCGUCUUGUGUGCUUAUUUUGAGUGUCUCUGUCUAAAUGUACCUGCCUGUAUAAAGAAUCACUAAUCAGAUACUAGAUUUGAAAUAUAACUUUAAAUUGUGCCCGCAAGCGAAAACCUUCUUUAAGUCUUAUCCGAUCCGAGCAAAGAUUUUUUAAGGUCUUUAAGAUAUAUUUCCUGAAGUAUGAAGCAAUGCCGGAACAAUUCUAACCAACAGCAAACGGAGGAAAUAUGCGAUCAUAAAACGACCAUUGGUUUCAAUGAAAUGUAAAAUCUCAUAUGCUUGUCAUCUGUAUCUGAUCUGAAGUGAGAUAAAGAAACAAAAGAAAGCUCUUUUUAUGGGAGACAUGAAUGCUUGGUGGUUUUUUUUUGGUUCUUUUGAAGAUUUCAUUGCAGAAAACUCCUACAAAUGUCAGGUCAUUCCAGAGUAACCAUUGACUCCGUGGCUCAGGAAUGACAAUCCCACAGUUUUGCUGUGUAUUUGAGUUCCGGUGCUGGCUCGUGCUUGAAAUUUGCCAUUUGAGUAGGAAAUAAAACAAAUUGCUUUUCAUCCAGGCUACAUAACAUGGCGUGCUUUAUUUCAGGAAGGCGUAGAGAAAAUGCAUUAACCUUUCUGACCUGAAGCACUACUAUAGCCUGGGUCUAUUCAUGUAAAACACUGAGCUGAGGGCACCAGUUGUGAACACAAAGCUGAGAUAAAACGGCCAAAUGCAAACCACCAUGAAUGAGUUACUGGAAGAAUAUUAUAAAGAAAUGUACUUAGAAGAUGCAAUCACUGUCAUGCAUAGCAUUGUAAGGAACAAUGAUAAAGCACACACACCAAAAUCCUGUACUUCCAGUGACGGAAGUCCCGCAGGAACUGGAGGACAGUGAUGUGAGGUGCGUCCGUCAUCGCUCCCGUCGGACACCAGCACCACUGCGUUGCUAAUGUUUUCAACGAUGAUGGUGAUGAUACAUAUGCCCCUGUCCCACUUAGGAAACCUGAACGGAAACCUCUGGAGACUUUGCACCCACCCAAGGUUUCCGUGCGGUUCCCGGAGGUUGCAGGCGGUUGCCGGAGGUUGCAGGUAGUGGAAGCAGGUCGGGAGACUGACAAAAACCUCCAGGAACCGCUCGGAAACCUUGGUUGGGGCGCAAAGUCUCCAGAGGUUACCGUUCAGGUUUCCUAAGUGGGACAGGGGCAUUACAAAGCAUUUGAUCAGAAGAUAUUGCCACAAUAUUCUGCACACAUCCCUAAAGUUAUUCAAAAAGUACUGAAUAUGAAUGCUGAAAAUAUUUGUUAUGCAGAUGCACCCCGAUUUACAAUGCUUCGACUUGCGAUGAUACUCCGGUCACUUCCGGUCACGUGAUCGCAAUAUAUCGCAAUGCGUUUUCGGCUUGCAAUAUCUUUGGUUUACGAUGGGUAUAUCAGAAGGUAACCAACCCCAUUGUAUGUCGAGGAGCAGAUGUACAGUAUAACUGUAUCCCUGGAUGGAAAUGUCAAAGACUGGAGCGCGUAGCUUUAAAGUGAGAGGGGGGAAAGUUUAAAGAAGAUGUGUGGGGCAAGUUUUUUUACAAAGAAGGUAGUGGAUGCCCGGAACACACUGCCAGGAGUGGUAAUAGAGGCAAAUAUGGCAGUGGUGUUUAAGAGGCAUUUAGAUAGGCACACGGUUAUGCAGGGAAUGGCGGGAUAUAGGUCACGGUCAGGCAGAUAUGAUUAACAUCAUGUUCGGCACAGCCAUUGUGGGCCAAAGGGUCUGUUCCUGUGCUGUACUGUUCUAUGUUCUAUGUUCUAUGUUCUAUGUAAUCAAAAGAUUAAAGGAAAUGUAGUAAUGGACCAAUAUGGAAUACGUGUAGUAAUGACCAAACUGCUUGUAUUUAUCUUCAUUGAUAACACAAGUAUAUUAUUUACUUCAUCACUUUUGUAUCUGCUGUAUUGUCAAAUGACCAGUGGCUACAUUUAUCAGAAUCACAAAAUAGUACUUUACAUUUUGUAUGUUAUUAACUCACACAUGUGUCAAUAUUGAUGAGUCUAACAGUUCCAGCAAGUUUUCAAAAUGAUUAAUAAUACAAUUGCAAUUUGCAUUCCUAAUUGUUACAUAUAUUCUUUUA